UUGUAAUUUACAUUUUUUUUCAUCUUGCAUGUGGGUUUUAAUUAUAUUUUCUCAGCUUGUUUGUGUUUUUCCUUCACUGAUUCUAGUUUAUUUUGUAUGUAUGUGGCUCAGAUUAGUUUUUGUUUUGGUAUAUUGAUGGAUUUUGAGAAUAGUUUUGAAGUGUGAUUCUGUCAUCCCCAGUUCUCGAAUUUCUUAUUCCGACUCUGAUAAGUAGUCGUCUUGGCCUAGGGUUUCUGUGCUCUGCUCGAAAUGGCUCUACUCGGCAAUGAGGAGUAGAGAUAGAAAAUGGAGGAUAGAGAGACUGAGUGAAAAUUUUGAAUGUUGAAAAUGGAGUAGAGAGAACAAAUUCUUGAGUCUUGUUUCCUAGAUAUUUUGCAGCUUUUCAGCUCUAUUAUUGUUAAAUGCUAUUGAACUAGUCGUUACUUGAUUCUCUUUUUUGUUACCCAUUUAUGAACUUAAUGUGGUCGUUGUAUAUGAGCCAAAGUUCUACAAGUUUGUAGGUUGUAGUUAACCACAUUACAUUUUGUCUCUCAUUCAGUUGUAUGGUUGUUCAUAUACUCGAGAAGAGAUAAAUGCAAUUACGAUUGAAAUCAUGUCUAAAACACAACACAAAUAAAUCUAGUUUUUCAGGAGAAAGGUAAAUAAUGGAUCAAGAUAUUCAACACAACACAAUUGCCUAUUUAUGCCUAAAACACUUGUUGGUAUUGAUAAUAAUUAAGUGUCUUUGAAUAGAGAUAAUGGGUAGGCCUUGUCUAUCAUUUAAUUAUGUAUGGCAAUUGCUAAUCUACCAUUCAAAUCUAAUCUUAGAUUGUUUGGAACAGGCUUAUUCAGAAAGUAGUUUCAUUUAGUGCUCUAAAUAAAUAAAUGAGAAGUGCCAUAUACCUGGAGAGCAUCAAUAAAGUCAGAAUCAACAUCUGUGACAGUCCACUGAUCAGAAGGUGGUGUUGUUGUCUUUGCCAUGGGUGCUGGUCCUUUAGGAUUAGGCUCCAAGAUUUCAUUGAUUACCAAACCAAUGCCACCUCUGGAAGGAGGAAGGUUGUAAAGAACUUCCUCAAAGCCAUCAUCUUUCCAAUAAACUUAAGGCUUGUAAGAAGUGACGUGGGCAUUGGGUAUUUGUAGCUUCACUGAACUUCCAUUUCUAACAGUCAGCCCAAUUGUCCCUGCAUCUGAAAAUUUGAUGCCUUUACGACCAAAUUUCUCUUCAAGAGUCUCAGGAAAAAAGUGAUACUGCUACCUCAAGCUUUAGUUGCAUUAAGCUUAGGUAGAGCAAGAGAUAAAAGAGCUGCAGCAGCCAACUAAAAGUAACUUCUCUUGAUUUGAUAAAGCUAAUUUAUAAGUCAAUAAACAAAAUCCUCAUGCAUUCAGCCAAACCCUACGUUGCUCGGACUCUCCAAAAAUGAUGCCGAACUCGUGUUAGGUACUCCAAAUAUAGACUACUUUUGGAGUUCCAACACCCACAAUUUUGAAGAGUCCAAGCAACAUAGGCCAAAACCCAAAACAAAUACAAAGAAAAAGGAAAUUCCAAGUUACACAAAGGCACUGCUCACACCACAGACUCAUAACAACCCCUCCUAUCACUCUCUCUUAUUCCCCUUGAUCAGGAGCUAGUACAUACAAAAGGAGCCUGAAGAACAAAGAAACAUAAGUAACUGUGUUAUAUUUUGGCCAUCUAAGUCCCUUUGGAUGGAAAAGAUAGGUGAACCUAGUAACUGUCAUUUUCUACUUCUCUCCCUUUUGGAGUUGAUUCUAAAGUGAAAAAAGUCUUGGGUGUGGAAGGUGAUGUGGGAACACUUAAGGUAAAAUUAAAAUUCUAAUCAAACAAGAAAUUUGAAACAAUAUUAUAUACUUCUAUUUUUUUAGACAAAAUGUUUUCCUUUUAGGACGCAUUUUCUAUAGCAAUAUUCAUUAAUUAGUUUUUAACCUUUGGUUUGUAUAUAAGAUCGAGGAUAGGAUAUUAGAAUAUGAUAAUUUGUUGACAAUAGUGUUUCAGGAAGUUUCUUUCGGCGAUAUAUUCCUUACUCCGAGAGUCUGAGUUAGGAAUGUCGAAAAAAGCAGAGCUUGCAACGGUGACAACCUACUUUGGGUUGCCGUGGCCACAACUUAAUGACGGAUUAACCUACCAUGACAUCGUCCAACCCACCGAUGCUGGUCUUACAUUGAUCGAAUUCUACUUCAGAAAGUACAAAAAUUCAGCUCCUUUACAAGGUUGGUUGCAGAGAAUUCAAAAUAAACAGAUAACAAUUGAUGGUAAAGUUGUUAUCUUACCAGAUACUGAACUCAGAGCAGGUGCUGAAUUAGUAUAUCAUCGUCUUCCUUGGAGAGAGCCUGAUGCACCUUACUUGCUAGAAGUACUAUUUGAAGAUGACUACUUGAUUGUUGUAAAUAAACCUUCUGGUUUGCAAGUUCUUCCUGGAGGGUUAUACCAGCAGCGGACUGUCUUGACACAACUCCAGUGGCAUGCACACAAGCUGACAACCACUUCAUCAGGUUGUCAAAAAACACAUCCAGUACCAGUUCAUCGCCUAGGAAGGGGUACAUCAGGAAUACUGCUCUGUGCAAAAACAAAGCUUGGUAAAUCUCGCCUUGCAGCAUAUUUUGCUGAGGGGACGUCAAAUGUUGAAGACAAAUACACCAACUCAGAGUGCAAUACAAUGAGGAAGAUUUGCAAGAUAUAUCGGGCGCUAGUAAGUGGUGUGAUGGAUAUGGAUGAGGUUGUCAUCAAGCAACCAAUUGGUACAAUUAAAUAUCCUGGAGUUGCUAAAGGGUUGUAUGUUGCUUCUCCUUCAGGGAAGCCAGCUCUGAGCAGUGUUCGCGUUCUUGAAAGGGAUUCGGAGAAUAAUUGCACAUUGGUUCAGGUUGAAAUUCAAUCUGGAAGGCCACACCAAAUCCGUAUCCAUCUCUCUUUCAUUGGAUUUCCACUAAUUGGUGAUCCUCUUUAUGCAUCUGGCGGGCAACCAAAGUGCUUUCAUCCUGAAUUAACGGGUGAAAGUUUUGAGAAGGAUGGUGGCUAUCAAAGACCUGAGAAUCCUGUUCCUGGAGACUGUGGAUAUAACCUGCAUGCACAUCAAGUAGUUCUUAUUCACCCAAUCACAAAUGAGUUUUUCAAAAUUACAGCACCUCUUCCAGCCAUCCUUCAAACACGAGAAGAACGCAAGGCGAGCUAGCCAAACUCCAGCUAGAAGUUGUGCCCUUAGCUAGGUAGUGAAGCUCAUACUACUACUUAGACGGCUGAUUUCCAAUGAAAGUAGAAGCAUUAUUUAGUGAUUCAAGUCAUGGUACAAUGUCUCAUAACUUAUAACCUGAGCGCUCUCUUUUUUUUUUGGUCAAAAUUUUUUGGAAAAAAGAAUAGUGGAGAUUUUUAUAUCUAAACAAGAACAGAAAAAACUAAGGGGUUGUUUGGUACGGUGUAUUAGGGGCUGUUCGGUACUUGAAUAUGCUUGCCGCGGAGAAAGAAAAUAGUCCAUGUAUUAUGUAUGGUAUUAUUUAGUACUAUGUUUGAUAAGAAUUUUGGAUCUAUGUAUAACUAAUUCAUGUAUUAGUUAGACACCCUACAUGGUAUUAUAGGAUGUAUAAUUAAUAUCUUCCAUUUGGUGGUAUUAGUAAUAUAUAGGAUUCAAUUCCACGA